AUGUUGGGUGCGUUCCCCCGAACAAGAGUCGCUAUGUCAACAAGAGGCCUCCUUGCACGGCAAUUUAAAGGCGCAGAGACUCGGGAAAUCGGCGUGUCUCGUGGCGAGAAGGCCGCGUUGCGGGGUACGGUACACGCUGGAUGCGGCGUUGGCCUAAAACCCGCUGAGCACGCCACUCUCUCCAUUUUCAUCCGUCGCUUCUGUCCUGUUGGAACCUUUUACCUUCGUUUUUCUUCGUCCUCCGUCAUCCCAAAACAUAUCUCAAAUGCUUUUAUCUUUCAAAAACAUUUUAGAUACAGCCUCUCUGCUUUAAAAAACAAAAGCUCUCAGAACAGCUGUUUUUUCCAAGUCUCUGAAGACAUAUCUUUUGAGAUUGAGAAUUUUAGGAGAAUUUCAAGCUUCAACUCAUUUCAACAAAUCCCAAUAGGAAUAGAAUCACUAUAAUGAUAUUUUCAUGAACUGAGAAAUCUUUUCAGGCUCAAAAAACGAAAACUUUUCUCGCCUUUGAAUAUUUCGAAAUCUUGCCUAAUUUUUCGAAUACCUGUCUAAAGAGAAAAUUUUCAGCGUCAGCCCUCAACCGUCGAACUAAACAUGGGAAGAGAAAAGGUCCACGUCAACAUCGUCGUCAUCGGACACGUCGACUCCGGAAAGUCCACCACCACCGGACAUCUCAUCUACAAAUGCGGAGGUAUCGACAAGCGUACCAUCGAGAAGUUCGAGAAGGAAGCCCAGGAAGUGAGUCAUUCAUAAUAUUAGUUAUUUCAUGAACAUUCCUAAAAAUAGUAUCAGAAAAUAACUUGAGGAAUUUUUCAGAUGGGUAAGGGUUCGUUCAAGUACGCUUGGGUUCUUGACAAGCUGAAGGCCGAGCGUGAACGUGGUAUCACUAUCGAUAUCGCCCUCUGGAAGUUCGAGACUGCCAAGUACUACAUCACCAUCAUCGAUGCUCCCGGACAUCGUGAUUUCAUCAAGAACAUGAUCACCGGUUCGUCUUCCAAUUCUUCUCAAACUUUGAAAGAAAAAAUAAAAUGAGAGCUUGGAUAACAAUUAUAAAUUGCAGGAACUUCUCAGGCCGAUUGCGCCGUGCUUGUCGUCGCUUGCGGUACUGGUGAAUUCGAGGCUGGUAUCUCCAAGAACGGCCAGACCCGUGAGCACGCUCUGCUCGCCCAGACUCUUGGAGUCAAGCAGCUCAUCGUCGCUUGCAACAAGAUGGACUCCACCGAGCCACCAUUCUCCGAGUCUCGCUACAACGAAAUCGUCGCUGAAGUCUCUGGCUUCAUCAAGAAGAUCGGAUACAACCCCAAGGCCGUCGCCUUCGUCCCGAUCUCCGGAUUCAACGGAGACAACAUGCUCGAGGCUUCCGACAACAUGCCGUGGUUCAAGGGAUGGGCCGUCGAGCGCAAGGAGGGCAACGCCACCGGAAAGACCCUUCUCGAGGCUCUUGACGCCAUCAUUCCUCCUCAGCGCCCAACUGACCGACCGCUCCGUCUCCCGCUCCAGGACGUGUACAAGAUCGGAGGUAUCGGAACCGUCCCAGUCGGACGUGUUGAGACCGGUAUCAUCAAGCCGGGAAUGGUCGUCACCUUCGCUCCCCAGAACGUCACCACUGAAGUCAAGUCCGUCGAAAUGCACCACGAGUCUCUGCCUGAGGCCGUUCCUGGAGACAACGUUGGUUUCAACGUCAAGAACGUCUCCGUCAAGGACAUCCGUCGUGGUUCGGUCUGCUCCGACUCCAAGCAGGACCCGGCCAAGGAGGCUCGCACCUUCAACGCUCAGGUAAAGAAAUGAAAAAAAAACAAGACACAGAAUGAAAAGUUUUUAGGUCAUCGUCAUGAACCACCCUGGACAGAUCGCCGCUGGAUACACUCCAGUCCUCGAUUGCCACACCGCUCACAUCGCUUGCAAGUUCGCCGAGCUCAAGGAGAAGGUCGGAGCAUUCUCGAGAAGACAGAAAAUUCAAAAAUGAAUUUGCAGGUCGAUCGCCGUACUGGUAAGAAGGUCGAGGACAACCCGAAGUUCCUCAAGUCCGGAGACGCCGGAAUCAUCGAGCUGGUGCCCACCAAGCCGCUCUGCGUCGAAGCUUUCACCGACUACGCUCCUCUUGGCCGCUUCGCCGUCCGUGACAUGCGACAGACCGUCGCUGUCGGUGUCAUCAAGUCCGUCGACAAGUCCGAUGGAUCUGGUGGCAAGGUCACCAAGGCCGCCCAGAAGGCCGGCGCUGCUGGUGGAAAGAAGAAGUAA